AUGUAAUAAAUUGAUUAAUUCAUAAAUUUUGUUGGAUUGGAGGCAUGUGAUUACGAAAAAACCCUGAUUGGGAUCUCGCAUUAUCUGGGAUUCAGAAGGCCAAGCUAUCUAGCUUUGCUAUAUUUGUCCUUUUCCUUGUUGCUGAUUUAUUUAAAUAUUCAACCGCAAUUUAUCAGUGACUUUAUUGGAUUUUGUUUCCCAACCUUUAAAACCUUAUAAGCCUUAAAUUCAAUAUGUAAUAUAUACAAUUAACAACUUUUAGAUGACUCUCAAUUGAAAUGGAUAACUUAUUGGAUAAUGUACUCACUAGUGGUAUUGAGUCACAAAAUAAUUCUUUAUUACAUUCAAGCAUACACUCUAUAUUACAUUUUGAGAAUUGCAGUGUUUAUAUACUUGUUUUCAAGUGGAGCAGAAAAAUUGCAAUAUUCAAUAGAAAUCCUAUACAAGAAGUAUUCUUAGGGCAUAGAAAGAAAAUUGGAGGAAUUAAAUUAGAAAUUCACUUUUUGAAAAUGAUAU